AUGAUUUCUGUAUUUCUGUCACGACUGGUCGUGCUCAUUGCUGGUACGCUCUAUCCUGCAUAUCGAAGCUAUAAGGCUGUCAGGACAAAGGAUGUGAGGGAAUAUGUGAAAUGGAUGAUGUACUGGAUUGUGUUCGCGCUUUUUUGUUUGGCCGAAACAAUCUCCGACGUGUUCGUCUCGUUUUGGCUUCCAUUCUAUUAUGAGCUAAAAAUCGUGUUCGUGCUCUGGCUUCUCAGCCCAUGGACCAAGGGAGCAUCGAUUUUGUACAGGAAGUGGGUACACCCAACAUUAACAAAGCACGAGCGGGACAUCGAUUUAAUGCUGGAGCAUGCCAAAUCGGAAAGUUAUAAUCAGGUGAUGCGACUGGGCAGCAGAGGAAUACUAUGUGCGCGCGAAAUCAUCGCAACAGCAGCUUUGCGUGGCCAAGCACAACUUGUUCAACAGCUACAGCGUUCCUAUAGCGCCAGCGAUAUCAGCGGCAGGUAA